AUGGGCCUUUUAAUCUCAAAGUGUCCCGUGACCCUCUUUAGCUUGACUACUCUGGCCGGCCGCUGGAGUUGGGCAUCAACGGUCUUGAUACCCCAAACUUCCAUGGGCCUGGCUAGCAACACCCCCCAAAAAAGAUCGCCAGGAACUGUUCGCCACGAACGGCGACUUCGGCUCAGUUUCCGCAGGUCAGAGGCUCACCUGGGCCGCGUAUCGGCAAUCCCCAUCCUCUUCAGACUUCAAUAUGGGGCGGCGACCCAAAAGAACGGUAGCGUGGGUCGAUCUCACGAGCCAGGGAGAGAGACGGCAGAGGAUGCCCUUCGAGAAGCUCUCGAGAGCCCCUGA